AUGAUUAUGAUUCUCAUCAUUGGGCGGUGGCUUCUCCCUCAAAGCAAACUGUCACGUGAUCAGCUCCUGCAACUGCUGCUGAUGCAGAUAGGCAUAGCGGCUGAUAGUCUAGAGUUUCUCACCGACACUUUGGCGACUGAACUGAUGGACCAGAAGGGAGUCAUCUUGGUUCUGAGCUUCUGGAGUUGGAGUCUUCCCCAAUUCACCCUGACGAUGAACCUUACGAAAACGAAGAAAUUCAGAGCCACGGCCAGACAAGAAAACCCCAAGUGUUACACUGAAGAGUGUAAGGACUUUUACGAAUGGCCCGACCUCUUCUUUGCCACUGAGAUGUGGUCCAUAUUUCUGAAUAUUCUCAUGCAAGAUUUGCCCUUCUUAGUGGUCCGCCUGUACCUCAUCGGUUCGUCAAUAUCAGUGGUGAUAAUAAACCAGCCGAUAUUGUACUUCGUCGCCAAGAAUGUCAUGGUCAUUCUCGUGCAGUCGUAUCGGAUGGCAGCCAUCGUGGCCGAGAACCGAAGCAAGAGGGCGUUGUGGCAGGCGUUUAUCCUGGGUAGCACGGAGAACUCUUCGAAGACCCAUCCAGGACUUGAGGUGUCUCCAAAGGAAGAUCCGCAGGAGCUCAUCCGAGCUCAACCGGGCGUUUAUGAAUAUGCGUGGUAUGUCAAAGCUAUGAUUCUUCAAUUUGCGAAAGAACGGCUUAACCCCAUUUCGCCACGCGAAAACGGGUCUCAGAUAUAA